CUCUCUAGGAGCGCUGCUGAGACCGGAAGUUUUUAUUCCUCACACUGAUGACGGUUUCCGGUGUGGUGAAUUUGAAUGUUGUGGAGUCGCGUACCGAGCUGAUGAUUUGAAGCGUAUUAAGUUCUGCUUGUGCGACUGAAGGCGCGAUAUAUCGACACGCUUUUAUAAGAUUUAGUCACGUGACCGGAGGCGAUGGAUCCCGGGACCGUGUCUCUGUUUCAGAGAGUCUCAGAGAAGCUGGGCUGGGACAGACACGGGGGUCUUCAUGAAGCUGAAGAGAAGCUGAGGAAGAGCUUGGGGAAGAGCCGGCGUCCAGCGCUGGGCAGCUUCAACACCGCCGGCUCGGGCAAGGAGAAUCACACUCCGGAGGAACACCUGACUUCAGAUGAUGACGACUUCCAUCAGUUUCUUGCUGCAAAGGCUACACCAAAAUCCACAUUAAAACAAUCUGCAUCAGCUGCCCGGAAGCCAAGAGAACCGAUUCCAGUUUUGUCUUCAGAUAGUGACGAUGACUUUGAACUGUUUUUAAAUCGAGUGAAAACCCCUCAGACUAAAGCCAGGCCUCAGUCGGUGAGCAGCGGUGAUGACCGUUUGAAACGCUUCAUAGUGGACAGCCUUUCAUCCGAUGAGGAUUUUGUCUCUGAGAGGAAGCCUUCCGUCAAUAAAGGGAAAGCCAGUGCUAGAACUCCUAACCCCGUCCAGAGGAGCGAGAAACGCCCCCCGCCCCGCUGUGACCCCCCGGUGUUCCUGAGCGACAGUGAUGAGGACGGUAGCGCUGUGAUCACGAGCACCUGGAGGACCCGACACACCCGAGAGGACAAGCCUCGUGUCCCGGUGACUCCCAGCGCCGGAGACGACACCGGCAGCUCCGAGGAGGAGUUCCAGUCGUUACUGGAGCGGGUCCGGCAGAACCAGGGCCUCGCCGGCCGAGCCCAAGCCAGCCCGAGGACGCCUGCAGAACCCAAACCACGAGCUCCCUGUUUGUCCACCCCGUCUGCCGUGGGUAAGAGAGCUGGUACCGGAGCGCCAGUCACCCAGAGUCCUUUGAGCCGACCCGUGAGCCGAACCGAGCCCAGAGCGCCUCCCAGCAGCAGAACGCUGCUGUGUAAAACCCCCGGAUGCUUCCUGCAGUCUCUGGCUGAUCCCGGAUCCUCGUUCUGCCGCAGCUUCAGACAGAAGAGAGAGGAGCUGACCGCCAAACUCUUCCAGCUCUACAACUCCAGCGUGUUUGACAGUCAGCUUCCCGCGGACAUGUCCGUCACAUGGAACAAGAAGAUGCGCAAGACAGCGGGGUAUUGCGUCUCGGGCCAGGAGCGCGGCACUGGGAAACGAUACGCCCGCAUCGAGCUGUCCGACAAAGUGUGCGACUCUGCAGAUCGUCUACGGGACACGCUGGUGCACGAGUUGUGUCACGCUGCCACGUGGCUGAUUAACAACGUUCGUGACGGGCACGGGCCGUUCUGGAGGCUGUAUGCCCGUAAAGCAAUGCUGGCUCAUCCCGAGCUCCCGAUGGUGACCCGCUGCCACAGCUACGACAUCAACUACAAGUACCAGUAUCAGUGUAACCGCUGCAACAACUCGAUCGGCCGCCACUCUAAGUCACUGGACACCACGAAGUUUGUGUGUGCUUUAUGCACCGGACAGCUGGUUUUGGUGACUCCCUCGAAGCCGCGGGCGCCAACGCCCUUCGCCAGCUUCGUGAAGGAGAACUACAGCUCCGCCAGACAGCAGCUCGCAGGACAGGGUCACGCAGAGGUCAUGCGCAAACUCAGCGCCGACUUCGCCAGCAAGACACGUCUCAGUCAGAGCUGAUCUCACACGCACAGAGCUGAUCCAAAAAUCAAAAAUACCUCCAACCAUAGUAUCCAGAGUUCUGUUCAUAUGCAGCUUCAACUUACUUGAAAUCACAUCAGUUUUACUUGUUUUGUACUGUGAAAUGAUUUUAUUUAUGGUUAAAGGCCAUAGAAGACUUAUAAUAUGCGCCGCGUUCAUUUACGUGUUCAUGAGUGUGCUGUUAACUUAGUCGACCUCUUGCUGUCGAAGGGAAAUGUGUGAUCCCUCUUUAUUUGUGUCUGUGUGUCACGUUGGCUAGUUAUGCCUAGUUAUGUGCUUUAUUUGUGUUUGGAUGUUUCUGUUUUUUAAGAAUAAACAAUUGUUAUUUCUUUC